AUGACAAACUUGCCUACAAAGAAGGAAGUCAACAAGGGUGCUUGGACUGAAGAAGAAGAUAGAAAACUUGCAGAGGUUAUUGCAAUUCAUGGUGCUAAAAGAUGGAAAAUGAUUGCAGCCAAAGCUAAUCUAAACAGGUGUGGUAAGAGUUGCAGGCUAAGGUGGUUGAAUUAUUUAAGACCAAACAUAAAAAGAGGCAACAUAUCUGACCAAGAAGAGGACUUGAUUCUUAGGCUGCAUAAACUAUUAGGGAACAGGUGGUCUUUGAUUGCUGGGAGGUUACCGGGCCGAACGGAUAAUGAGAUCAAGAACUACUGGAAUUCUCAUUUGAGCAAGAAAAUAAAGUUGAAUGAGAAACAAACCAUGGCAGCACCAAGAGCACGCUCCAGGGCACACAAGAGAACGUCCAUGGAAAGAGCACACAAGAGAAUGUCCAUGGAAGAGAAUUGUGAAAAUAAUUGUGUGUCUAACAGUACCGGAGGUGUUGAUCAUGGAGCCCCAAAUAUCAACUUCAAUAUCGAUGAUUUCUUCGAUUUCUCUAAUGAGGAUCCCUUGAACUUGGAGUGGAUGAGCAAAUUCAUAGAAAAGACGGACCUGGACUUCUCAGUGAUGAUGUGAUGAUGAGAACAUAUAUAUAUAUAUAUAUCAUGCUAAAAAUAAUUAAGGUUUAUGUGAAACUUGUAAAUUGAGUACUCUUCAUGGGUUCUCAAUUC